UUCAUUCCCAUUCCCAUAUUAUACACCGGCAUAACCAGAAAACCGAAAUCUCCAAUCAAACAACAAUGGCGCUCGCAUCGUUUAACCUCCGCACAACGCUUUUGCUUCUCUUCGUUUCGCUAUCUCCGCUAUCUUCUUCGGCUCUGGUUUCCUCUCCCGAUUUCUCUCCCCUAUACCCAAAAGCUAUUUCUGAUUUGAAAGAUGCGACGGUGAAGUGGUUGGGGCUUCAAGCGGAGGACCUGAAGAUAUCUGGUUUUGAUUUGAGAGAUGCGCGGGUAGGGCAUUCGGUUGCAUACGAGUUCGAUCUUGAGGUUGAUAACAAGGUCCUUCCUUUUAAGCUUUUGGAGGAUAUUAAGAAAUGGGACUACGUUGAUUUGCCCAUUUUUAGGGUUGAGGGCGGGAUAGUUGAGAAGAGUAAAUUGGAAAGUGGGUUACCUCCUGUUUUGGCUCCGUUUCAGCUCGCUGGCCCAAUGGAGCUUUGGAUUCAAGAUGCCAAGGAUAUGAGGAUCUCCCUCCCUCAUGAUGUGGAUGCUGGUGUCUUGAAGAAAGUUAUAUUAGCAGAUGGUGCUGUGGUUACGAUCAAGGGUGCCAGAUCGGUUAGCUUGCGCCACCCACUUGAUCUGCCUCUUCCUUUCAAUCGAACAGGCAAUGGUUUUGCCUCUGGUCUACUUACCCUGGCUGAAUGGCUACGCCAUGCUUCCCGUACUCAAGGCUCUCCACUGCUCUCACUCCGCGUAGUUGGCCCCACCUCUAUCGCAUCUCCAUCGUCAUCAUCAUCCUCACCCUCUUCAAGUAACAGGCUUAAGCUUAAGCGACUUGCACCAGGUCUUGUAGAGCUGUCCUCGCCAUCUAAAACCAAAGCUAUUGAGACCCUUUCCUCUCUUGAUCUUCCAGAUGAAGCAACUUCCCUCUUAAGUCCAAGUCAGUUCACCACUUUGUGGCCUCUUGUUUCUAUCAAUGGCUCCAACUCGAAUGUGGUUGGUUUUGAGACACUACUCGCUUCUGUUCUGGGUUCUAAAGCUAACAAAAAAGGCUCCUUUAAGUUGCUAAAAGCAGAUGUUUCAUCCCAAACCUAUUUGAAGAUUGGCUUUGCGGCAGAGAAGAAGUUGAAAGAAGGAGAUGGUGCUGAGUGGGAAGGUUUUCCUGAGUGGAGAACAAAGCCUGAGACAGUAAAGAUGCAUUUUGAGGUACUUGCUAAGGUAGAUGGUGACAAGGUUGUGCCGGAGAGAAUCGUACCGGUUAAACCCGUUGUUGUGGAAGACACUGUGGCGCCUAAUGUGCUUUCAGGAAACAUGACAAUGUCAAAGACUCCUAUUAUUUACCCUCCUCCUGAUCCCUUCACAUUAUAAAUCAGUGUACAUCAUAAGGUGAUUUCUCCCUGGUCACAGGGUUGAAGUGUAAAGAUUAAGUGUGUUUCUGCCCCUUUUAAGAGUUUAGAAUAGAAUUAUACUGUAUAAAACUUAUGGACUUCGCAAUGGAAGGUCCCAUUUUCACUUAUACCUCCCGAGGUUGGUUACUACUAAAAUAUUAAAGCCAAGUAUAAGUUUGUCUUGUACAAAACCCGGAUGAGUGAGUGGUUGAGAGUAUUGAGACUUGGGAAUAUAAUGAUACAUUUUUUGAAAACAAGAAGGAACUUUUUUAUGUUUUAUUUAUUGUGAAA